GGCUUACGCCAAGUCUGCCUUUGAGCAUCUCAAAGCUCAUGCAAUUACGACGUCCCCGUACAUGGGUGGCGACUCCCUCUCGCCGUUCCUGCAGUACGCAUCGAAGGGUGUGUUUGUCCUCUGCAAGACCUCCAAUAAGGGCUCCAAUGAAAUUCAGUGCCUCCGCGUGAACGGCCGCCACCUGUACGAGUCGGUCGCAGAGCACGCAGAGACAGUGUGGAACUACAACAAGAACGUUGGUCUUGUUGUGGGCGCCACGGAUCCGAUUGCUCUCAGCCGCGUGCGAGUGCGUGCCCCGACGCUGUGGUUUCUUGUUCCUGGCAUUGGUGCUCAGGGCGGUGAUCUCAAGGAAGCUCUGAACGCUGGCCUCCGUGCCGAUGGCAGCGGUUUGUUGAUCAACGUCUCACGUGCUGUGGCACGUGCGAAGGAUCCCCGCGCGGCGGCCAAGAAGCUUUGUGAAGACAUCAAUCUUGUUCGCUUUGGCAAGGCUUGCUCCACUGAUCUGGCUGCGGCGCUUGUGGCUUCCCGUUGUGUUCGUUUUGGCAACUUUACAUUGAAGUCUGGCAAGAAUUCACCGAUAUAUUUGGAUCUUCGUCGUCUGGUGACGCACCCCUCUAUUCUACGCCUGGUUGCACGCGAGUACGCCAACGUGCUGCGAACGCUGCAGUUUGACCGUCUCGUUGGCCUGCCUUACGCGGCGCUCCCCAUCGCCACCGCCAUCUCCCUUGAGAUGAACAUCCCGCUUGUGUACCCACGCCGUGAGGCGAAGUCGUAUGGCACGAAGGCCGCCAUUGAGGGCGAUUACAAGAAGGGCGACCGCGUGGUGGUCAUCGACGACAUCGUCACGACCGGGGGGACGAAGUUGGAGGCGAUUGAAAAACUGAAGGCAGCUGGCCUGGAGAUUGUGUCGAUUGUCGUCCUCAUUGAUCGUGAGAUGGGGGCGAAGCAGCUUCUCGGUAGCCUCGGGUACGAGCUUGAGGCGGUCGUCACGCUCUCGCAGUUGCUGCCACUGUGGCGACAGUCAGGGGCGAUCACGCAGCAGCAGAUGAAGGACGUCCAGUCUUUUAUGGCGGAGGCCAGCAGUAAACUCUGA